AUGCUUAUCGGUCUCUUAACAUUAGCACUUUCAUCGGUUUUAACAACUAAUAAUGCACAUCCUACUUCAAAUAUUCCAGUUAAUGUACAAACAACAUCGAUUAACACUAGUAUUUGGAUGCAACAACUUCUUCCUUACAUUGCUCAUUAUCACUUAAUCAACUUGACAUUACCCGGCACACACGAUGCUGCAUCGUUCACUCUGACCUCAGCAUUAUCUCCUGAUCCUACUGGAAGUCCAGUGUUCGAUGCUCUGGUGAAACUAGCAGAGAAAUUGGGAAUACCGUUGCAAGAUGUGAUUACACCAUGGGCAGAAUCACAAGGAAAGAAUUUAUACGAUCAAGCGGAGGAUGGCAUGCGUUAUUUUGAUAUUCGCGCUGCGUACAAUGGUACAGAUUGGUGUUCAUAUCAUUUCGAACUCGGUUUACCUAUUUACACUCAUCUCGUUGCAUUACAUUCAUUUCUAUUAUCACAUCCAAAUGAAAUUAUGGUCAUUGAAAUUUCGCAUCUCGCCAGCAAGAAUUUAACACAGAACAAUUUGAAUAUCUUGAGAGACAUGGUUAUCAACCUAUUCGAUUCGAUGUUAUAUCCACGAACGAAAAGUUUCAAUAGCACAACUAUCGGUGAAAUGAUUGCCAGUAAUCAGCGCGUUGUGAUUAGUUUAAGUGACGAUGCUACAAUUGCCAAUUAUACUCAACUAUGGUAUGGUUCUAGCAUGAUUAAUUCUUAUGCUAAUUCAGACUCACUUGCACAAAUGACUGCUUAUAAUUGGCAGCAGGUGACUCAGUUCAAUUCGAUUCCUGCGUUACCUGUUUCUGCGCUGUUCAAAUUGAGUUGGACGUUGACCCCACAAGUAUCGACCAUUGUNCGCGUUGUGAUUAGUUUAAGUGACGAUGCUACAAUUGCCAAUUAUACUCAACUAUGGUAUGGUUCUAGCAUGAUUAAUUCUUAUGCUAAUUCAGACUCACUUGCACAAAUGACUGCUUAUAAUUGGCAGCAGGUGACUCAGUUCAAUUCGAUUCCUGCGUUACCUGUUUCUGCGCUGUUCAAAUUGAGUUGGACGUUGACCCCACAAGUAUCGACCAUUGUCGAUUCGAUACUACCUCAUAAACCAAAAUCGUUGAAGAACCUGGCUGAUAUUGGUAAUAGUGGCUUAGAAGAAUUUGCAAGUACGGUAUUGAAGAAAGAAUGGCAAUUAUGUCAGUUAUUACUGAUUGAUUUUCAGGAGAGAAGUGUACUCAUGCAAGUAAUAUUUGCAUCUAUUUUACAAAGCAAUUAA